UAAAAAAGUAUAAAAAACAAUUUUGAAGUGAAGUUAGGAUAGAGUCGGAUGAUUCCGGUUGAGUACGACUUAAAUUGUUAGGUUGCAACUGGCAACACAGGUUCUUUCUUUUAUUUCUGCAAGCAAAACAGUGUCCGGAAUGAGUGACGCUGCGCCGUCGACUGCGCCCAAGGCGAAGGCGCCCAAAAGCAAAGCCCCCAAGGAGAAGGCAGCGAAGGCGGCUCCCGCAGCACCCGCUGAGCCCCCAAAGGCCGUUCGUAAGGUGUCAUCUAAGGCCCGCCACGGAAGGCUGUAUGCUAAAGCAGUGUUCUCAGGGUACAGACGUGGUCUUCGCAACCAGCAUGAAAACACAGCUCUCCUAAAAGUUGAAGGUGCACGUAACAGAGAAGAUGCAAUGUUCUACACUGGCAAGAAGUGUGUGUAUGUAUACAGAGCAAAGAAGAGGACUCCCAUCCCCGGAGGGCCACGGGGCAAGAAGACUAAGCUGCGUGCAAUCUGGGGCAAAGUGACCCGGCCUCACGGCAGCUCUGGCAGCCUUCGUGCCAGGUUCAAGUCUAACUUACCUGCACAAGCUAUGGGACACAGAAUACGCGUGAUGUUGUAUCCAUCAAGGAUCUAAACCUUUGUAAUAUAAGUCUAAAAUAAAACAAAACCCAAA